CAGAGCACUAAAGUGAGAGAGACCAAUAGAGCAAAAAACAAGGAACUGUCACAACAUCAUAAAAACGGGCGAAUUUACCCCCUAAAAUGACUGAGAGAAACAGAAUAGAAAUGGGAAGUACUGUGAAGCGACGUCGGCGCUUUUUGGAAAUCAUCCUGGUUCUCGCGCUUUGUCCGUCGUGCGCCAGCGGUCGAGGAGCCGUCAGUGAUACCCUUGCUGAUUCCCUGUCAUCAGUUGGUGGCACACUACCUCACUUCCUGCAAGAACCUGAGGAUGCUUACAUAGUCAAAAACAACCCAAUCAAGCUCCGCUGCCGUGCAACUCCUGCCCUGCAGAUCUUCUUCAAAUGUAAUGGGGAAUGGGUCCAUCAGAAUCAACAUACCUCACAAGAGUACAUGGAACAAAAUACUGGGCUGAAAAUCCGCGAAGUGACGAUCAAUGUUACUAGGCAGCAGGUGGAGGAUUUCCAUGGUCCAGAGGACUACUGGUGCCUUUGUGUGGCCUGGAGUCACCUAGGGACCUCGAAGAGCCGUAAGGCCACAGUGAGGAUAGCCUACCUUCGCAAAAACUUUGAGCAGGAUCCUCAAGGGAAGGAAGUGCCAAUCAAGGGCAUGAUUGUGCUGCAUUGUCGUCCCCCGGAGGGAGUGCCCAUGGCAGAGGUGGAGUGGUUGAAAAAUGAAGAAUUGGUCAGUUCCCUUGGAGACGACAACAUUGACACUCGUGCUGACCACAAUCUGAUAAUCAAUGAAGCCAGACUCUCUGACUCCGCCAACUACACCUGUCUCGCCAGUAACAUAGUCGCAAAAAGACGCAGUGCUACAGCUACUGUAGUUGUGUUUGUGAACGGUGGUUGGUCCCUGUGGACUGAGUGGUCUCCUUGCAGCGUGAACUGUGGGAGAGGAGUUCAGAAGCGAUCUCGAACCUGCACUAACCCCGCUCCUCUGAACGGAGGAGCGUUCUGUGAGGGCAUGUCUGUGCAGAAGAUCACCUGCAAUGCUCUCUGCCCAGUGGAUGGAGUCUGGGAGGAGUGGAGCGAGUGGACGAUGUGUAGUGCGCAGUGUGAGAGACAGCGAUGGAGGGAGUGCAACUCUCCCCCGCCCCGUCACAGAGGCAAGAUGUGUGAUGGAGAAGGUCAGAGCAUGGAGAACUGCACAGGGGGUCUGUGUACGCAAAAUGGGAAGCUGAUGCAUGAUGUCAAGCCUCAGAGCAUGGAGAACUCUAUUGAUGUUGCACUGUACUCUGGUCUGGCUGCGGGAGUGAUCGCUGUGAUCGUCCUCACCGUGGCCAUCACCCUCUACAGGAAGAGUCAGAGCGAGUAUGGAGUGGAUGUCAUCGACUCAUCUGCUCUUGCUGGGGGCUUCCAGUCCUUCAACUUCAAAACCACCAGACAGGGCAAUCCACUUCUGCUGAAUUCCUCCAUGCAGCCUGAUAUAACCGUCGGCCAGACGUACAGCGGUCCAAUUUGCUUUCAGGACUCCAUAGACAAAGAGCUCUUUGACCCCCUGCCAGACAAGGUCAAAGUUCAGAGCUCCUUUAUGGUUUCACUAGGUGUGGCGGACCGGGCCGAGUACCAUGUGAAAACCCACCCAGAGACCCUCCCUGCUAACCUUCACCCAAACUACAGCACAGUAGAAGGAAAGAAGAUGACCAUGAUUGCUCCUAAUGGACUUCACACACCAGGGACAACUCGGUUGAAAACAAGCGCAGUGUUUGGGCACCUGGGUGGCCGACUGGUCAUUCCAAAUGCAGGAGUAAGCUUGCUGGUACCUCACGGGGCGAUUGCUGAUGACACCUCUUGGGAAAUGUACAUGCUCAUAAAUCAGGGGGAGUCUAGUGCCCAAUCAGAGGAAAGGUGUGAGAUUCUGUUAGGGCCAGAGAUCACGUAUGGACCUCCGGGGCUAAACCUGUCCUACCCUGUUGCCAUGACGAUAGCUCAUUGUGCUGAAGUCAGCACUGAAAACUGGAACAUUAAACUCAAGAGACAAACCAAGGACAACAAGUGGGAGGAAAUAAUGUCAGUAGAUGAUGAAUCAACCUCCUGCUAUUGCCUAAUGGACUCACAUAGCUGUCACUUGUUGCUGGAUCAUCCGGGCUGUUAUGCACUGGUGGGGGAACCCGUCACCGAUGCCGCCAUAAAGAGACUAAGGAUCGCUGUGUUCGGCAGUAUGGAGGCCUCCUCCAUGGACUACAGCCUGCGAGUGCACUGUGUAGAUGACACACCGCACGCCUUCCAGGGAGUGGUCACUGCUGAAACCAGCAGAGGAGGUCAGCUACUAGAGGAGCCCAAGACGCUGUUCUUCAAAGGAAACUGUCUCAGUCUACAGGUGUCCAUCCAGGAUAUCCCUCAGUUUCUGUGGAGCAUCAAACCCUUCACCACCUGUCAGGAAUUCUCCUUCACCCAAGUGUGGUAUAGUAACCAGCAGCCUGUGCACUGUGCCUUCUCACUGCAGAGACAUAGCGCCUCAACCACCCAGCUCUCCUGCAAGAUCAGUGUGCGGCAGGUCAAAGGUCAUGAGCAGCUCCUGCAGGUCUACACAUCAGUGGGAGAGAGUGAGAAAGAGACAGUCCCAUUUUUUAUGCAGGCAGAUUGCACGGUGACGUCACAGACAGGGGCCAAAGCCUUCAAAAUCCCCCUGUCCAUUCGUCAGCGGAUAUGCACCACCUUCGAUACUGCCAACGCCAAGGGCAAGGACUGGCAGCUCUUAGCUCAGAAACUCCACAUUCAAAGAAACCUGUCCUACUUUACCAAGCAGAAGAGUCCCUCUGCUGUCAUUCUCAGUCUCUGGGAGGCCAGGCAUCAGGACAGUGGAGAUCUUGACUCACUUGCAAGUGCUUUGGAGGAGAUUGGAAAGAUCCACUGUAAAAGUCUGCCUCAGAGUCCAGAUGAGAAAGAAACAGACUUUACAUUUUGAGGGACAAUUGAAAACCACAUGUAUCCCACCAGGUGCAGUUUGCCAGCAUCUUCAGUUUAGAGUCCAUGUGGACCCAGCUAAUGUAUCCAGUCUGAGAGAAGUCUUGGAAAGGAGGUGACCAAUCAGACAGUUUCACGUAUCUGUACAUGUGCAGAGUUGUACAUGUGGAAGUUGGCAUGAAUUCGGCACAGAUUCAACAGAUUCAAAAUGCUUUUCACUAAGCAAACAUCAAAGUGCCAAGCCAUCACAUCUUACGUGAAAUUCCACCUUAGCCUUUCCUGGGUGUAUAUGAUUUUUUUUUUUUUUUUUUUUUUUUUUUUUUUUUUUGUGGAGGGAUUUGAUUGGUGGCCAGGCUGGGAUUUUCUUGAGCAUUUCUUUAAUCUUUUCUAGAGAUGCACCGAUACUAAAUUUCUCCACCAAUAUGAUUAUUCAGUGAUAUCUGCCAAUAACAAUACCGAUAUUUUGGGGUUUCUGCCUUUUAUACGUUUUUAAAUUAAUGAUAAUUUCAUUGUAAUUAAUAAUUAAUCAUUAUAUUUUUUAAUUAUUACAUUUUGAAAGAAAUGCAAAUAAAAACUUAAUUCUCUCCAUUUUAUCAACUUGUUUCAUAGUAAUUGGUAUCAGCUCACAUAAACACAUUACUCAAAUUAAUAUUAACACACAUUCUUAACUUUCUGAAUGUUAUUAAUUCAUAUAAUUACUAUUAAUAUUGAACAUCAAACUGGUUUCUUAGCAUUUUCUUUACACAAAGCACAAAUGCAGGGCAUUUUCGAUAGCCGAUAGUGUUAAAAUUUGCUUUUAUCAGCCGAUAGCGAUUAUUGGCCAAUAUAUCGGUGCAUCUCUAAUCUUUUCCUAUUUUUCCAACAGUGUUCCAGAGUUCUGCAGUAUUUAUAUCCCUUCUGCAUGUUACUACUGAUGUGUGCUUUGUUUGCACUAUAUGAUAUUUAGAGAAGGGAAGAGAAGGAAAUGCACUCCUGCAAACUGCCUUUUUUGCUCAUGACACAUUGUGAUUGUGGCUCACUGUGUUCUUUUAUUGUCAUUUUGCCGUCUUAAUGAGAUGAGUUGAGGAAUAAUUAUGAAAAAUAUAUGGUAAUUUAAAGAUUCUAACCAUUUUUCUGCUAUGACAGAGACCUGCGCGAUUGAAAAGAAUUUAAUUUACGCAGGUUAGGAGGUAAAAAUCAUUUACGUUUUCCCUCCAAAACCUCAAAGCAUAACCGCACCCCACUCGCUCAAACGCAUUACUCUGUUCCUGUGAGCGUGUGUGAGUCAUCGGGAGCGGUAUCAUGUCUUUUAUAGAGAGCGUCAGGCCUGAGACUAAUGUUGACCUGAAGAAGCAUUUACUUAAGCCAUGCAAACGGCAGCACAUACCUUUUGUUAACAUUUAUAGCUUUCUUUUGAAAUGCAGCUGAAAAGGAAGAGCUCCAAAAGACCUUGGUAAAAUGAGCCUCUCUUAUCUCCUCUGACCAAAUUCCACCAUGCAGUGAAAAACACAAUGGGGGAACACGGGCUGGUGAGCAGAGAGAGUUAUAAUUAAGGUCUGAUAAAUGGAAAGGAGCUAUGUGGAAAAAUGCUGUCAGAAUUGCUG